AUGGAAGCCUCAUCAUCUAAUGUCCCGAAGGAGUUCCUCCGGAUGCGGGAUCCCAAACUACUGCCGCCGCGCGUAGGCCAUAACUGGAAUGAUCAGGCGUUUCGAAAAAAAAAUGAUAAGCCUCAGCAACUUGAGGCUGAGUUCCGUGGAAAACGGGCCAUGAUUACUGCCAAUGGAAAUUUUCAAAGUACUACUUUGCCCGAAGACUUUAAUCAGACCGCGCACCAACUACUUCUUUCUCUUUUGACAAAGAACCGGGGUUCUUUGAAGAACCCAUCGUCUAGCACAAAACUUAGUAAAAGAUAUCUGACGUUGGACGAUAAAGUGCUGUGUUUUUAUGCUUUUUUCAGGGAGCAGGCUCCCGAAGGAGGGGUUAAUGAUUUCUGGCAUAGAAAAGUUGUAAUUGACUUUUUUCUUGAGGAUGAUAGUAUUCUCAUCCAAGAGCCUCGCAUUCCUAACAGUGGUCUUGACGGUGGGACGUUCUUGAAGAGGCAGAAGGUUAAGGCUGACUACCGACAGAUGGAGCAGUUUCCUGGUAGUGAGUACUUAAAUAUUAACUAUUUCAAUGUAGGGCAGUCCGUUCGAAUCAACACAAUCGAUUUUUUCAUUUACGACUGCGAUACCUUUACUCGUGAGUUUCUCACAGAGCUUGGUGUUGAAGUGGGUGAGCCAGUGGAUUGCCCGGAGAAUGAAUUCACGGAAGCAUAUAACCGUCAUCAGCAACAAAUGAAGGCUGCGAUAAAUGGGGAAAAACUGUAUAACAUGACCUCAUCGCAGAGAAAGACUCAGGCGGCGGAGGCAGAGCGCACAACAAGGUUUUUGCGCGAUAGCGCAAAAAUACUUUGCUUUCAUGCACUACUGGAGGAGAAUCAGCCGGAGACUGGGCUUGGUGUUCGCAACGUGCGUAAAUUGGACGUUCUGUAUUAUAUUGAAGAUGACACCAUCGCCAUCACGGAGCAGCAAACUAGUCCAGAGGUUACAUCGGGCCUAUAUUUAUCUCGCUGUUUUCUUCCUAAAUGUGGCUCCUUGGAGAAGGCUAACGAGCUCACCUUUGCGCAUCGCAUCAAUGGGGUGCGGAUGCCCUAUAUCGGCCCGGACGCAUAUUAUACCCACAAAGACUUGAACAUUGGCGUCACAAUCAAUGUGCUGGGUCGUCCCGUGUUCUUGUACGAUUGCGAUAGCUAUACCCGUUUCUUUUACGCGGAGCGCCUCGGCGUCCACUUACCACCUGCCGUAGACGUUACCGAGCGCUUUAGUCGACAAGCGGCAUUAAUGAAAAAGGCAGGGUGGAAACCGAGUCGUGGGGCGCUCCCCGACACCGUGCGUGUGGCUGUUCCAUCUGCAGUCUCCCCUCGCGAGGUGGCAAAAUCGCCAAAAGCGGACGUCCUCCGAUUCGUCCUGUUACUGGAAGCUCCCAAAACACAUGAGGACCGUUUCCGUCGCUUUAAGUUAACCUACUACACCGACACGAACGAAGUCGUCAUGCACGAAACUCGUGUCAAUAAUUUAGGGUUUAAUGGCGGAUGCUUCCUUAAGCGUCAACAGCUACGCAAGCCUGUCCCACCACGGGGCCCUCGAAACGACCCAAACGAAAAGGAGCGCCGUUUGAAGGAGGCGCAAGGGAUAGCCAUAGACACUUUCUACAAUGAAAGUGAUCUUCGUAUAGGAAACGUAAUCACCGUGAACGGCCUUCUCAUGAGGAUUACUGCUAUGGACGCACACACGGAGGCGUACUUCAUGGGCACGGCGCCCCCACCACACACACCCGAAUACGUGAGCCACCUGCUGGAAGCGCUUCGAGAUUUCUUAUAUUCACGUUAUGGAAAUGCGUGCAAGGCAUUUUUGGCUUUCGACCACAAUCGCGACGGUGUCAUCUCACUUAGUGAAUUCACCGAGUCGCUCAAAACCUUCCAAAUUACAGAUGAUGCGUCCCUGGCGAAGGAAGUGUAUUUCUUCCUGCGGAAUCGUCAGGCGACUUCUGAUCCAUCCCAGCCCCUCACGACGCAGGAUGUAAUGAAGUGGUUAGGAGAAAAGGUUUCAUAUACACGAGACGCACGGCGGAGUUUACCAGAGGAAUUACUCCUUGGGAACGCAAGUCAGGCGACCGAGGAAGAGGAAGCAAGGAGGCUACGCGAAUUUCAGCAGCAACGUUCCUUGAUCGAGUUACAGGCGCGCCUGGAGGGCCGCUGUUUUAAUAGUGUUGAAAUGUUUCGCCUUGCCUCUACAAUGCCGCGUGCUUACCGCGAGUGCCGCGCUGACAUUCUCACGUUGACUAACCCGAACCGUGAUGCUAUCAUCACGCCUGUUCAACUACGUCGUUGCAUAGAAGAGAUUCUGGGAUGGAGCACUAUCACACAGGAGGAAAUGUCAGCUAUUAUAGGCUUCUUCUUUCCUGAGAUGCCAGAGAGUCUGUAUUUCCGCCAACGGGAUGAAACGUUGGAUUACAGUGUUGAUCUUCCCACUUUCCAGAAGCUCUUCCAUGAUAUAUGCCAGCUAACGUUACUUUCGAGUGAUGAUGUUAAAACAGAAACAAGCGUGUUUCGAUACUCUUUGAAGGAGACAAAUUAG